UGCCACCCCUGACAUUUAUUGAUGUCACUGUCAACAUGACCCUACCAUGGGUGAGCCUUCACAAGACAAUCCUCCGAAAGAGGAGCCACCACCAGACCUGCCACCCAUCGAGCCCCCUGAUACCUGCACCAAAGUAGAAACGAAAAUAGAAAUAGAAGAGAUCGUGCUCAAUCCAGCCAUUCUCGGUCAACCUCCACCUGACCAAAUCCCUCGUAAUCCUUACAACCAGAACCCGUACCAACAAAAUCCAUACCAGCAAAACCCGUACCAGCAGAACCAACCCAAUCAGAAUUACUACUACCACGAUCCCAGCUACAACCAGAGACAAACCCCUGCCUACCAGCAGCAAGUGGGAGGUCAAAAUGUCUACGUUUCUGGCGAUCCCAAUUACCCUCCACCGGACGUCAGUAGAGGGCAGGGUGCAUACAGAGCAAACUACCCCGGACAAGGGGACGACUACCGUGAAUACGGAGACAUGGGGAUCUUCACGGAUACUUUCAGUUCUGUGAAAAUCCGAAACCGUUUCGUUCAGAGAGUCUACACCAUAUUGUCGGUGCAGCUUUUCUUCACUUUCCUUGUGGUGUUGUUGAUCACCUUCGUAUGGGCACUGCGGGUAUUCGUCUUUCAGUACUUUCUGAUUUUAUUAAUCCUUGGCACGGUUAUUGUGCUUAUAACUAUGAUAGCUUUAGUUUGUUGUGUGAAUUUGAGGCGUAGUUUUCCCACGAACUUCAUUCUCUUGGGUCUUUUGACGGUUGGUAUGACCAUAAUGAUCGCACCAUCAGUUGCUCUAACCCAUCCCUUGGUCAUACUAGCAGCCACUGGUACCACCGCCGGUGUCUGCAUUUUGGUUUCCAUUUUUGCUUGUCAGACUUCGUGGGACGUAACAGGAUGUGGAAUGUGCUUUUGUAUUCUCACACUAGUACUACUACUAUAUGGAAUUGUCAUAACGAUACUAGCUCUAGCGGGUAUCAACCUUCCGAUUUUACACAUCGUAUAUUCGGCACUUGCAGUUUUAAUCUUUUGUUUGUGGUUAAUGUAUGACACUCAGAUGAUCAUGGGAGGAAGGCGUAUAGAGUUGUCACCAGAAGAGUACAUUUUUGGAGCUUUGACGUUGUACGUUGAUGUAAUCGUUAUAUUUAUAAACCUUAUGUCUCUGUAUAACCAGUGCUUGGGUGGGGAAUAAAAUUAUUUGU